ACCUUCCCUCUCUUGUGGGUUUAGAGUCAAAUAUAUGAAUCAAUCUACCACCAAACACCCCUCUUCAAUUCCCACAUAAAAUAAAAAAUCAUAGUCUUAAACCAACAAUCCCAACAAAAUACUCAUCCUAUACUCCUAUUUCAUCUAAAUCAAAAUGGUAGGACUUACACAAACCCAAUUACCUCCAUCAAUAGAUCAUAUCAAUCAACUACCCAUCAAUUGUUCUACACCUUAUAUGAGCUCUACUUCAAGACCCAUGCUUAAUUUCUUCUAUAGCGCACCCACUAGUCCCCACUCCCCUAAAUUCCAUUCUUCUUUGUUUGAUGAUGUAAAUGAUGAUAAUCAUGAUUCCGAACAUAUGUCUCUGCUUGAUCAUGAUCGUCAUCAGGAAGCCAAAAUUGGGAUGAAUGAUGAUGAAAAAGAUGAUUUUGAGUUUGAUUUUAGUGGGCAAUUGGAUUUGAUGGUGAGGCCUUCUUUAUCUUCAGCUGAUGAGCUUUUUGAUGGAGGGAAAAUUCGACCGUUAAAGUUAAAGCUAACUCCAACUGUUGUUCCAAAAUCUAAGAAAGUAAUGUCCCCGAAACAUAGGAAAAUGGGUUCGGAUCUGGGACCCGAUCGAGACCCGUUUAAGGAUGUGAUUCGGAAUAAUGAAAGUAAACAGAGAGGAAGAGGCAGAGGAGGAAAUGGUAUUAAUCGUAAAGGAAUGAGUCGUUCACUUUCACCAUUAAGAGUGUCUGAAUUUGCUCUUCUGGGUAAUCAAGAUCAACAGAAUUUGAAUGGACCCAGUAAUUCAAAUGGGUUGUUUGGAUCCAGAAAAUGGAAGUUGAAAGAUUUGUUUCUGUUUAGAAGUGCUUCUGAAGGACAUAAUAAAGAUUCUCAAUCUUUUUCCAAGAGAUGGAGUUUUAGAUCAUCAAGUAUGGUAUCAGGAUCCGGUUCGGGUUCAGGGUCGGAGUCGGCUUCGGUGUCGAAGCGAAGAGGGGGAGUAUCAGUUCAUGAAAUGCAUUAUGCAUCUAAAAGAGCUGUUUCUGAGGAGAUGAAGAAGAAGACAACUUUGCCUUAUAAACAUGGUCUUUUGGCUUGCUUGGGUUUUAGUCCUGUUCUUCCUCAAUUCUCCUAUGCUUUUCCUAAUACUCCCCCUUCUUGAUCCCCUUUUUGUUUUGUUUGGUAGAGUGUACUUGAUAGACAUUUUGAAUUUGUUACUAAAAAGUAACAUUUUCCUCAUGUGAAUAUCAGUAGUUGAAGUAGCGAUUUUAAAGGAACGAAGGUGUAUAACAUAUCCCGAGACUACAACUAUUAGCUUAAGUUUUUAGUCGCUGUCGACCUUCUCUCCCCAAACCCUGCUCAUGUUUUUUCUAUGGGCGGGAUACACUGGGUAUGAUGAUGAUGAGCUUAAGUUUUUAGUUAUCGCGCGCUUAGAGAUAUGUUAUAUACUCUACACUUUCUCGGUUCUUUUAAAUUUGCUACUGAAAAUAAUAUUUUCCCUUACAAUGUCUAAUAUCAAUAGUUAUUUUAAAAGGAUAGAGGAGUAUAACACAUCUCGAGACUACAACUAUCAACUUAAGCUUUUUGGUUAUAACUUAAAGAUAUGUUAUAUAUCCUAUAUUUUAUAAAUAAAUCAACUUCAUCAAAAGUUUAAGUUGAUAGUUUUAAAUUCGAAAUGUGUUAUAUAUUCUAUCGAUAUUUCUAUAUAUGUUUAUUAGAUUUGUUUUUUCUUAGGAUUUGGUUUCAUGAUCUUGUUAAGUCCCCAAAAUUGUCCUAUGUUUUGGUGUGAAUUUAGUUCUAGUUCAACAUUUUAACUCAAAAGAGUUAUUUAUCGCCAAAUGUAUCUACUUUUAGAUUGUAAACUAGCCCUCUUGUUAGAUUAAGUAGUAUGAUCUUGUCAUACCCAAUAAGUUACCAACAAUGAUAAUACAUUUUUAUGUAUCAGAUUUUUUAGUCUUUUUUCAAUUAGUAUCCUUUUUAAAUUUAGAUUUUGGGUGGAAUUAUUUUCAAGUUUUGUGU